AUAACAUUCCAAAUGUAAACAAAACUUUUAUGAAAAAUCAAUUAACAUUUUCUCUUCUAGUACCUAGUUGUAAAUUGUUAAUGUUUAGUUUUAGUUUAAAAUAAUUUGCAUAUUCGUUUGUGAGUUAUAAAGAACAUCGUAUUUGUAUUACAGCCAUGAAGAAAGUCAAUCCCGAACAACCUGCUUUGCACAAAGUUAUAAUGGUCGGUAGUGGCGGUGUCGGUAAAUCGGCACUUACACUGCAGUUUAUGUAUGAUGAGUUCGUCGAAGACUAUGAGCCGACGAAGGCAGAUUCGUAUCGUAAGAAGGUCGUGUUGGAUGGUGAAGAAGUCCAAAUUGACAUAUUGGAUACAGCUGGCCAGGAAGAUUAUGCAGCCAUACGCGAUAAUUACUUUCGUAGUGGUGAAGGUUUCCUGUGUGUCUUUUCAAUCACGGAGGAUGACAGCUUCCAAUCUACUAUGGAAUUUAGAGAACAAAUUCUGCGAGUGAAGAAUGAUGAGAAUAUACCAUUUUUACUGGUGGGAAAUAAAGGAGAUUUAACAGACAAGCGAAAAGUUUUAUUGCAAGACGCUCAGGCUAGAGCAGAAGAUUGGAAAGUGCCAUAUGUUGAGACUUCAGCCAAAACCAGAGAUAAUGUAGAUAAAGUAUUUUUCGAUUUGAUGCGUGAGAUUCGUGCUCGUAAAAAGGAAGACGUUAAAGGAGCAAAUGGAAAGGGUAAAGACAAAGGCAGGCGGAAGAAGUUGAAAUGCACUUUACUAUAAAUAUUUUUUUUAAUCGACGAUUACGAAAAAAAACCCGAUUUAUAUUUAUUAUAAUAUAUGUAUUUAAUUAAUUUUUUUUCCUACUGCUAUCAAUUUUAUUUUCAAUUUUAACUCUAAAAUAUCGAUGUCUUCUCUUUUUAUAAUGAAUAUCGUGUACAAAUGUAAAAUGUAUUACCUCAAUAUAUUAUUCUUUCUUUCUUUUGUUCCACGCCACACAACUACUUCUUUAUAUUAAUUUUGCUAUCUAUCUUUUCCUUUAAGCCUCAAUCGUAUAUUUUUAUUUUAUGUAUUAUUUUUAUACAAUUUUAUUAUAUCAUUUGAAAGUACA